UGAAUUGGCAAAUAGCACGCUUCGAGAACCAAAAUUUACCAAGGACGAAGAAUAGAAGUCUACAUUGAAAAUGGCAGGAAUAAUACGAAACGGUUUACUGUCUGCAGCCAGACGAUUGUCAAAUCCAACAAAGUGUUUCCUUCAAACACCCACAGCUUCUCUCAAUGCAUCAAAUACUAGACUUUUAUCCACAAAAUUGACUGGAAGCCUUUGGCAAAUGAGCAAUAACAAUGUUUCUAAAACACGUGUUCACCACUUGAUGAAUUGCAAAUGUGGCUGCAGGAGUUAUUCCACUGACGCCGAUGAGGAGAUGACAAAUAUUCUAGAAGAUGAAAUAAUGUUAGAAUCUGAAAAAGUUUUAGACCUGCCAAAAAUUUCGUCAUUUAAAGUCGCUAAGCUCGAUGGCAGCCACUUUGAACUUGAAAGAAAACAAGGGAAUGAAACAAUAUCGAUUGAAGUUAACGUGAAUGCGGCAGUAGAGUCAGCGGGACCAGCAGAAGAAGGAGAAGAUGAAGAAAUGAUUUGCAGGCCAGAUUUUGAGGUGAAUAUAUCUAAGAAGGGUAGUAAACAUGUCUUGUCGAUUUUUUGUAUGUUUGACAAGUCUGAAGAUAUGGAUGAAGACACUGAUUUAUUCAUCAUCCACUCUAUAUCUUUAUAUAAUGAAAGUAAUGAAGAUGCAACAUAUACACUUCAAGCUGAAAAUCUAGAUGAAGAUAUGUACAGAAUGUUUAUGACUUACCUUGAAGAUCGUAAACUUGAUAAAGAUUUUGCAGAUGAAUUAAUAGAUUUUGCUACAGUAUACGAACAUCAGCAAUAUCUCAAAUUCUUGGAAAAUAUUAAAUCAUUUGUAUCCUCCAAGUGAACAAUAUGAAUUCAUCAUUAAAUAGACACAUGAAUCAAAUUUUCAUUUUAACUGUAAAUUUAGUGACAUACGGAUGAUCAAAAUAUAGACAUAGUCUAUUUCUUACACCAUCUGAUAGAGUGUUGUUUCAACUACCUGUAUCCCUUUUAAGAUAAAAUUCAAAUUAACAUGAAUCUAAUUAAGUUAGAUAACAAUUUCCUAUCUUUUUGGUGUUCUGAUAAUUUUUGUCCCUACAAUGUAGACCAAAAAUAUGAGAAAACAAAAAAUUCGAAAUUGUGAUUGAUUUUAAUCAGAUUGAGAUGCCAUGAUAUUAUAUAAGAUAAAGAAUAGAGAGGUUUAAGAAAAUGAUAAAAAGCCUGAAUUUUUGAAAUAAAAUAAACUGCUAUCUUAAACUAGAUUAUACGCAGACUAGACAUGAGAUUUUCAAUAUGAAAAGUGUUAUGGAUGGUUAAAAUUUAUUUUUAUCAGCUGGUUAUAGAAGAUACUCUCCUAUAGAAGCACUGGCCUAGGUCACAAGUAGAGACUAUGGAUUUCCACAUGAAAACUAUUUCAAUUCAAACAGAAUAUGUUUUACGGAAGAUUAUUCAUAGAUUAUUACUUCUGAAGAGAUUACAAGCUAAAAUAUUUAGUUGUGAAAGUGAAUAGAACACUUUAGCCAGUAGCAUCACCCAUUUAAGAUCUGUUGUAUUUUUACAAAAACCAUGGAUGUUUUAAAAAAAAAAAAACAAGAACAGUCCUUUUUGUUACCGAUAGAAAAGAAUGUUAAUUGAAAGAAUAUGAAGACUAUUAUGAAAAUGAGUUUAAUUUUUUUGUGUUAAAUCAUCCUGAAAGUGUAUUGAUUGUUUUCUUCAUAAUCAUCGUUAGGCUUUAUCUCAUUAUAUAUGUUUGUUAUAGACUGAAAGAGCGUAAAGGCUUGAUAUAAGUUGUUUUUCGUAAAAAUCUGUACCUGGAAAUCUGGAAAUGUGUUGAUGAGUGGAUUGAUUGAGUGAUAUAAGAAUCAGCAUGAUUCAGAGACAGGCAAAAGUAAAGUAUUUAACUGGAAAAAUGAUUUCUUGAUAAAAUACAAUUGUGCCACUCUGUUUGCGAGUUGGACACAGUAUUCUCUUAGUAUUUCAGUCAGAAUAAAUCGAGGCAUACCUGUUUCUCCAAUGCGAUAUAUAGAUGGGAUAUAGUCACCUUACCAUAAUGAUAUCACAUAUGAGGAACUGGUAUGGUUAGAUUUGUCAGACUGAGUAUUUCAUAUCGAACUUACAGCUUUUGUCAGUUUGUAAUAUGACUGCUCAUUCAUAAUAAAUAAACCAGUAACAUUAUUUUGUUCAUGUAUUUUGCUGUAACAAUUAGCUUGUUUUAUGGAAGAUUAAAAUUGUAGAUCCUUAAAUGAAUCGCUUUUU